CGAAGAUGAGCCAACAUUACAAUUUUCACGACGUCCAACUGAACACAAAUUCUGCUUCAAACAUAACAACACUUGCUGAAAUCCGACAUAUACAGCCACCAGUUGGUGGUGCUUCAGUAACUUCGUUUCGAGAUCCCGCAAAUGAUUCUCACUCUCCUGCCAUGAAGAGUCAAAUUUCGACCAACGGCCGUGCAAGAACACUGGAUAAGGAGUCAUUUUAUACCCCGAUCGCUGCACAUUUGCAAUCAUAUUAUGCCCGCCGAUUUCAAGAGCUCCAACCGAAGACAGUUUUACAUAUUCUUGUAUCUUGGUUGAGGUUGCUCAAGCCCUCGGGGGCUGCUGAUAAAAAAAGCAUUAUCUGGGGGCGAGGAGCAGGUUUUACACUUCGCAGCUUCGAAAAAAUGGGCAAAGAAGCUCAAAUCAAUUUUCUUUCUAGUAUACUUCAUGCUGCACGCGACAAGGACUCAUCUGCACGGACCCUGAUGAAACUAACUCAGCGGAUUCCAAGCAUUAGAGAUUCAGAAACAAACCAGAAGAUCAUACAAGACAUUUUCGGAGCCCGAGAAGAGGGAUGGCUUGACCAUAUUCGGCAGCAAUCUCGUACAUCUCUAGGCGGAAUACCAACAACCAAUGUCGAAGCAGCUUCUAUACCGCCCUUCAAAAAAGAUCAUAGCAUCGGAGAUCUAGUUGGGGAAACACAUGAAGUAUCAUGCAGCUCAGAAAAUACCUCAUUGACAGUGUCCAGUAGGGCUCAGAAAACUUAUGCUAAGGGUUGGACGAAACGAAACUCGACUUCCAAUCACGACAUCGAGUCAGCCCAACAGUACACCAACGCGUUUAGGCAGAUCGAUGCGGAAAGUAGCAAAAGCAUUCUCCGUGCCUUGAUCAAGUAUAUCGAGCCUCGCAAAUCAUAUUACUUUCCAUACAAUGGAGCAAAUCCGGAAUCAACCAAACCGCCGUGGUGGCCUGACGGCGUCGUCCAUCGGAAGCCAUCUGACCUGCGGAAGAAGCAGGUCGUUAUGAUGCUGGUGAACUUCGCGUGUCACCUUGAUCCGAGACUGACAGUGGACCAAUUCAAUAUUGUUUUGUCGCCCGUGAGGUCGCAGAUUAGAGACAAACACCUUGGAGUUGUCGAUAAGAUACUCCAGCUUCGAAAAGAAGAGGAAAGAGCUCUUAGCAAAAUAACUGGUGUUGUUGCCCAGCUGUCAUUCACGAAUCGGCCUCUCAAUCCAUACAAUGCUGUGGAAAGGGACGUUCCAAGGGAUUACUGUAACAUAGGGCCCAGGAAUCUGCCCCCCUCUGUCAUCAAUCAAGAUAUAUCAUUCCCUUCCGAAGCAGUCAAAGCCACACCAGCUGCGUGUAAUGAUAAUGAUGGAUUACCCACACACAAAGCUCCACAAGCCACGCAAUUAGUGGCCUGUAUCAUUAUGAACUCUCAUCUCCCGACAUCUCAGGCGAACCUGAAAUAUAGAUUUCAAAUUCAGUGGCAAGAAUUCGAGCCAAACGGACAGCCUAU